AGCAAAUGAGUUGACUAGUUCGCCCAUUUCCAAACAUCAAGCCCACUAAUUGCCCCCCAAUAAUAGGCGGAGCUCGGUCGGACUGAGUCUUGAAAUCGGCGCAUUCCAGCACCACCUGAUCUUCUGGCGGAUCAGCCAAUUCCAUUUGCCCUCCGACCAUGGCCUUACCCCGGCCAUAUAUGCCUCUUCGGAGGUCGCUCUGCCAAUUGUCAUCUCGAACUUGUCGCACACCUCGUCACAUCCCAGCGCCUUUCCGCAGGUACUCCACGGAAAAGAAAUCUGGUGAAAAAAAGAACUUCACUGUUUGGAGACCAUACCUACGACUCGCCAUCGGGGUGCCAUUCAUCGCUGCUUUGAUCUACUCCAUGAUGACCGAAGAAGUGACCGAACUUGACUCCCCGUCGAUCGUCGAACUCGAUGAGACGUUAAAGAAACAGACAACGAUCAGCGAAUCAUCCCCGAUGCGCCUACGGAUGGAGAAGUUGAUCAAGGAUCACCAGCAAAAGAUCAUAGAAGAGCUAGGCAGAAUAGAUGGGACGCAAUUCCGAACCGAUACUUGGUCGCGCCCCAACGGCGGAGGUGGGAUAUCUUGCGUUCUCCAGGACGGCAAUGUCUUCGAAAAGGCCGGUGUCAAUGUGUCUAUUGUCUAUGGCGAACUGCCUCGUCCCGCCAUUGAAAAGAUGCGCGCAGACCACAAAUCUUUCGUCGGCGCCGACGUGGACUCAUUGAGCUUUUUUGCGGCUGGCCUGUCCCUGGUUUUGCACCCCCAUAACCCCAUGGCCCCGACGGUUCACCUGAACUACCGGUACUUCGAGACCUCGGACCCCAAGGAUCCUAUCAAUGGCGACAAGAAUUGGUGGUUCGGCGGUGGUACGGAUCUGACUCCGAUUUAUCUCUUCCCCGAAGACGCAAAGCACUUCCACCAGACAAUCAAGGACGCCUGUGAUCGCCAUGACGCCACGUAUUACCCGAAGUUCAAAGCCUGGUGCGACAAAUACUUCUAUCUCCCGCAUCGUCGCGAAUGUCGAGGCGUCGGAGGCAUAUUCUUCGAUGAUCUCGACGCCAAUUUCUUAGAGUCCUCGUCGACCUCAUCGCAAAACCCGCAGGAGACGCUGUUCUCUUUCGUGUCGGAUGGCCUUGCGUCCUUCCUCCCAUCCUACGUCCCCAUCAUUGAACGCCGUAAGGACAUGCUGUUCACACCGGAGCAGAAAGAGUGGCAACAGCUUCGUCGUGGUCGCUAUGUGGAAUUCAAUCUGGUGUAUGACCGUGGAACCAGCUUCGGUCUCCGCACUCCGAAUGCCCGCAUUGAAAGUAUUCUGAUGAGUCUUCCCCGCACCGCAAGCUGGGCCUAUAUGGAUGCUGUGUCCGGUACCCGCACUGAGGGCCAUGACGUAGGUGAUGAAGAACUGAUUGGAGAGGGCAAGGAGCGUGAGAAAGAGAUCAUGGACGUUCUAAGACACCCUAGACAAUGGGUGUAAUGAAGUCAACCCGCACCAUUCGGGAUGCCAGGGGACAAACAUUUGACAGUUCCCCUAUGAACUCUGUAUUACCUCUAUGUAUAUUAUGAGCUGCAUCUAUGGCUAGACCAUGUAAAAAGGAUAUGUCUAUAUAAAGAACAAAGAAGCCUUCGUCAUGUUCAUCUCGAUAUAACAGCCUCCGAAGGCACAUUUCCCUCGAAACUUUGACCAACCUCUAGCAAACCGGAUAACCGAGCCGCAAAAUGCUGGUAUAGUGCGGCGCAGGAGUAUGUAUGUGCAAAGGUAU